AUGCCUCCUAAAGAAAGAAAGACGAAAGAGCAGAUUGCCGCAGCAGCAGCAGCAUCAGGAAGAAGCAAAAAAAAGAAAUGGGGUAAGGGAAAAAAUAAGGAAAAAUUAAAUCACGCUGUUUUUAUUGAUAAAUCUUUACAAUCCAAAAUUUUGGAAGUUCAAAACAUGAAAGUUAUUACCCCCUCAACUAUAUCGGAUAAAUAUAAAGUCAACUUAAGUGUCGCUAGAUCCGUUAUUAAAUAUUUAGCUGAAAAAAAUUUAAUUAAGGAAGUUUGCAUUCAAAGCCACUGCCAAAAAUUAUAUACAAAAGUUGCUUGA